AUGACCUGUCUUCAGGCCAUAGCAGUUCUCUUUUUGUUCCUAACUCAGGGGCUAAUACAACAGGUGACCGGUUGGGCACAGAAAGCUGAUUCAUGUAAGUUAGACAUGGCUUACAACUCAUUUGAUGAUCAGUAUGAGGGCUGCACUGAAGAAAUGGAGAAACAAGCACCCCAGCUGUUAAAAAAAGAACUGGAAGUGAAUAAAGAAUUAAGAGAUGAAUGGAAAAAGGCAGCAAAACGAUGGGAUGAAAUAAAGAACCAAAUAGACUCUUCGAAACACCUCACUGAUUUCCAAGGAAUAGCUCUAGUGGCCUAUACUGGGAACGUUGCAACAAAAUUUAACAAAGCUGUAAGAGAAUUCCGUCAAAAUCCAAGUAACUUUCAGUUCAAAGCCUUCCAUUAUUAUUUGACAAGAGCUCUGCAGCUUCUCAAUAUAGAAAAUGAGUGUUACACGGUUUAUAGAGGCUGUACAACAAAGUUUGAUUAUCACGGGGGAGGAAAUGUACGUUUUGGCCAAUUUACCUCAUCUUCUUUUUCUGAAGAGGUAGCUAUAUAUUUUGGAGGUUACAUAACACUGUUUACCAUCAGAACCUGCUUGGGUGUUAACAUUUCAAAAUUCUCUUUCUAUCCAAGUGAAAGGGAAGUGCUAAUUCCAGGCUACGAGGUGUUUCAGCAGGUCAUCAAAAAUAACAAUAACAUUUCACUUAACAGUUCCAAAAAAUUUAAGAGUAACUACAAUUGCUUCUACAGUUCCACUAACAAUAAAAAGCCAUACGAGAAUUUCAACAGCUCAGGAACGAGAGGAAGUCCUGCAUUCAUUCUGCUGCUGCCGCCUGGCCUCCUCGCGCUGCUGUUCCUGUAG